AAUGUUAGUGUAGUCGUAUCAAACAUUGCGGUCACUGACUCACCGUCACUCAGAAUCUUGUAUUUUUAUUUUUGUUUCGUAACAUUGUUUAAUGUUUUGUAAAGAAUAUUCAUUUUAAGCGUACAGUGCAGUGUUAUUAUUUAAUAAUUCAAGUCUCACAAUGUCUUUGUUAUGAUUUCAAUCAGUGAUUAUAAUCGACAGGAAGUGUUUUAGUGUCUAUUUGUUUUUCAUUUUUUGUGCUAAUAAUUGAAUACAAUGGCUGAAAAAAAAAUCCAAGAAAACCCUCUACCAGAGGAGCAAUCAGAGGCAGCUAAUAAACCAAAAGAGCCUGCACCGGACAAGCCAACAACAGUCCCCGUACCGAUCCCAGUGGAGCCCGUGAUAGUGAGACCGUCCGUGCCUUCGUUUACGAAGACUCCACCCAACGAUUUGUAUAGGCGGUUGCUACCAGCCGUGCUUUUUGUGCUGACGUUCGUUACUGUGAUGACGAUGCUGCUUAUCUACAUGGAUAAUGCUGCGCUGGGAGCGCAGCAGUUCCGGCUGAACAUGACGCGCGACUACGAGCUGGCGCGCAUCCCGCAGGAGUCGGCGGCGCUGGUGGCGUACGUGCGCCAGCUGCACCUGCAGCCGCGGCCGCGCGCGCCGCCCGCCGCGCCGCCCGCCUCGCCGCGCGCGGACCUCGUCACACGCCUCGUUGGGGACACUCAAAACGGAACUUUCGUGGAGUUCCUCCCGCGAGGUCCACGGGACCCCACCACACUUUAUCUGGAGAGCAGCCGCGGCUGGGAAGGCGUGGUGGUCCGGGCUGCGGCCAGGGAUUACUUAGCGCUUAGGGGCGGAGCCCGAGCGCUGCACGCCUGUCUGAGCCCCACUGUGCAUCCUAGAGAGGUGACGUACCAGUCCCCAGACAGCCACUCGGCCAUGUUUUCAUCCCGCGUGCUGUGUCUCCCGCUGUACACCGUCUUACUAGCUGCGGAGGCAACGCACGCUCAAUACGCACUACUGGGUGGGGACAAAGUGUUGCCAGCGUUGAAACACGUGCCGUUUGGGGACAAAGUGCGACUUCAGGUGAUAGAAUACCGCUCAUCAGACCCGGUGCUCCGCAACCAGACGGCCGAGUUCCUGGCCGCUCGGAACUACUCCAUCGCCGCCCAGUACGAAGACGCCGUGAUGUUUGCGCUGCAAGGGGACGCCUAGGAAGGUAGGGGUGGAUUAGUUUGGGAGGGCGAUGAUGGUCGACUUUGAUGAAUAUUGCCAGAGUAAAUACAAAUGAGUAGGUCAUCUUCAUAGAAACGCACCGAGCGCGGUUUGUAUGUGAGCGCGCCA